AUGGCCUUGUCCACUUCUUCGGCCUCAUGGCUGUCGUCCGUUUUGGCCCUGUGCGCCAUAAUGUGUCUCUCAGUACCCACCAACGCACUCUACUUCUAUAUGGAGGGCCGUCAAGCCAAGUGCUUUUACGAGGAGCUCCCCAAGGACACCCUGGUUGUUGGACGCUACUCCACCGAAGUGUUCAACCCGCAAUCGAACACGUAUCAAAUUGACACCAAUCUGAAGAUGCUCAUCACUGUCGACGAGAUCUUUGACAACGACCACCGGGUCGUCUCCAAGCGAGACAGCAACGCCGGCCGCUUCACCUUUUCCGCCGCUGAUUCUGGCCUGCAUAAGAUCUGCUUCACGCCGGACACCGACGCUUCCACCGGGGGCUGGCUGUCAGGAGGCCCCGCCGGAGCCGUGCGGGUGUCGCUGGAUAUUGCCAUUGGCGAAACCAGCAAGAUCGAAACGGAGGAUAAGGGAAAGAUACAGGACAUUGUCCAGAAAGUUAAGGAUCUGAACGGUCGGCUGCAGGAUAUUCGUCGCGAACAGGUGUUCCAACGGGAACGCGAGGCCGAAUUCCGUGAUCAAUCUGAGGCUACCAACUCGCGUGUCGUUCGCUGGACCCUAAUCCAACUCGCUGUUCUAUCGGCUGCCUGCGCCUGGCAGCUGUCUCAUCUUCGCUCCUUCUUCAUCAAACAGAAGUUGACAUAA